UAAUGUUGAUCGAGAGUGUUUGGAUCACGAGAAUUGAGUUUUCAGUCGAAUUCAGAACUGUUAGUAAUUUUUAUUAAAAAAAAAAGACCGAUUCCUUGGAAAGUUGACUGGAAAAUUGAUCAAAAUCUACAUUGUAAAGUAUCAUUAAUCACUGGUAAAAUAUGAUACCAGUAAGAAGAUUAGCAUGUACCUUAUUUAGGCAAAAUUCAAUAGCAAGUGUAUCUAGUAAACCUUUCUUUUGUUAUACCAUGACAUUGAAUGGUAAACAAUCUUGUUGGUAUUCUACACGGAAGGAUUUAACUAAAGCCGAUCGUAAAGACGCUAAAAAUAAAGUAAGCACGGAUUUUGUGGAAGUAGUUAAAGAGAAUACAAUGACUGCUGGAUACUUAGUGAUUAUAGCGGCUGGUCUUACUCUUUUCAUCUAUAUCGGUUAUACCUUAUUAAACGAAUUGUUUUCUAGUAAUAGUCCGUAUGGAAUUUAUAAAAGAGCUUUGCAAUGUUGUCAAAAGGAUUCAAAAGUUUUAGAUGCUCUUGGAGAACCUAUCAAAGUUUAUGGCGAAGGAAAAAGAAGAAGAAAUCAUUUCAGUCAUGGGCUCUAUGAAAAAGAUGGCAUCGUAUAUUUGAAAUUAAGAUUUUAUAUGGAAGGAAUAAGACGUAAAGGCAUCGUAUAUGUGGAAGCUAAAAAUGUAUCUGAUAAUUACGAAUUAACACACAUAUAUAUGAAACUCGAUGAUAUUCUAGGAAGUGUUCUUAUAAUAGAUACUAAUGGAAAAUAAAAAUAAACAGUGGCGUUAAUUAAAUUUAUCGAUUUAAUUUAUUUUGUUUACACGUCUUGAGAGAAUUACAUUAGAAAAAAAUUGUAUCUAUGAGAGAUAUUGUUUAUCGACAAAACAAUAUAUAUAUAUAUAUAUAUAUCGUAUAGAAGCAUAUUGUGAAUUCAUUAAUCAUAAUAUUUCUUUAGAUCUAAUAUGUAAUUAUGUAUGCAUACGUGUUUUUUUCUGAGAAAAGAUUAUUAAAUUUAUAUAAAUAUGUCUAAACUCGCUGA